AUGGCUGAAGUGGACAACGAGUGGGAAUAUGAAUACGAUGAGAACGAGACUGAGGACUUCUACAUCCCAGUCGAUCUUUCAAAUGUCCCCAGCGCUCAGGUGCCCUUCAAUGUGGAACGCAGACCUGGUCACCCGACUUUACUCAAGAGCAGACUACGCGCCUUGAAUGCAGUUCGGGGUCAAUUACCGGAAGUCGCAAGCGACGUAUCAGCUCCGCAAGAGGGCACACAAGAGACGGCGAACAUGGGUGAAGUGCAGAUCACGGGCCUGCAUACCUCGAAUCCACUCAUGAUGUACAAUGGACAGCUACUGAGUUGUCAAUGGACUUCGACUAUUGGGACUGACAUGUUCUUUACGAAGCCGCACGCAGAUGACAGCAAUUCGCUCGAGCCUCUUCGAUCUCUUCCUUCGGUGGACCUUUUGUCGCUGGGUACGGCAAAACUCGUAGCAAGAGUCGCACGCCUACGACCUCGCGAUGAGCUUUUCGAGGAGGAGGAACAACGGCAAGUACCUUCGGACCAGAACGCGUCCAACACACCUUCCUCAGCUGUGGUGCCAAACACCCAACCAGCCCCCACGAACUCGCCAAAUUUUCUCGCAAGACUGAACGAAGCAAAGGCCAGGAGAGGUGAAGCCUCCCGUCUUGUAGUCACUCAUACAUCUGAUGGGUCGCGUCUCGUUUCUAAGCCAAUCGAUUUGCCGGCGCGAGACAACCACUCAAAUCCGACAGGCGACGUGACGAUGGGCGGUACUUGA